ACAAAGCAGCAGCUAGCGGGUAGCGUUCUUGCUCCGGAGCCAGGGCAGAGCGUUGGUAACGAUGGUACUCGGGCAUGGGUUCGGCCUGCCUCUGCUUCUUCUGCUGCUGACUACUGGGAAUGUAGCUGCCGCCUCCACGAGGGGAUGCAAGCGGGCGGGCGGAUUGCUUUCGGGUAGCGGCGAUGCGGGCAGGGUCAGGGGCGGUAGCGACGGCCGCCGGUUGUUCGGGCUGACCAGAACCUUGAGAGGAGGUGGGGCAGCAGGCGAAUCCGACCUGCGGCUCUCGACAUCGUCCACGUCGGAAGCCGCGGCAACACUAGCGACCUCCUUCGUGUCGAGACGAAAAAUAACGGCGAGCGCCACCGAGCUCAAAAACGCGGCGGAACCGGUGUCACUUGGGGGCGUUGUGGAAGAAGGGGACGAGGACGAGGAGUCGGCCGCCUUGGUCGUUGGUUCGGCGGAGGGUUCGCGGUUGUCGGGGGCGACGCGUGUUGGGGAAGGGGUGAAGGUUAGGGGGGGGGUGGUGGCCGGGCUGAUCACUAAGGUUUUCGCCAUCGAGAAGCACGAGCUGCGGAAGUUCCUGACCAUGUCGGUCAUGAUGUUCGCAAUCAUCUACGUCUUCACCAUGACCAGGGACACGAAGGACGCGCUGGUAGUGACCAACUGCGGGGCGGAGGCAAUCGCCUUCCUCAAGGUCUACGCGGUGCUGCCUGCGGCGGCACUGUUCAUGAUCGGCUACAACUGGCUGUCCAACCACGUCGGGAGCCGGGCGCUGUUCCACAUGACCAUCACGCCGUUCUUCGCCUUCUACGCGUUGUUUGCCUUCGUCAUGUACCCCAUGAGGGGGAUCUUGCACCACUCUGCUGGGGCGAUGGGCAAAGACGAGCACGUGUUCUCGCACAUGAUCAACAUGGGGCGCUUCUGGAUGUUCUCGCUCUACUACGUGGUCUCGGAGCUGUGGGGCUCGGCGGGCGUGCCGCUCCUGUUCUGGACGUGCGCGAACGAGGUGACCCCCAUGACGCAGGCCAAGCGCUUCUACCCGCUCUUCGCCAUCCUCGGUAACCUGGGGCCCAUCGCCUCGGGGCAGACGAUGGCCUACGUCAGCCGCAACCGCCCGGCGGGGAUGGACGCCGAGAUGGCCUUUGAGCGCACGCUCAAGAUUCUGACGAGCCUGACUCUUGGAGCCGGAGGAAGCAUCAUGGUGCUGUACGAAGUGAUCAUGGCCAUCAGCAAGAAGGAGGCCGAAGACAACGAUGCGCUCAAGAGCCCCAAGGAGCGGCGGCGCAAGCAGAGGAAGCUCGCCAAGGAGAAGGCCAAGCAGAAGAUGGGACUCCUCGACUCUUUCCGCUUCCUCUCCAAGUCCAAGUACCUGGGCUACGUCGGGCUCAUCGUGAUCAGCUACGGGCUGUCGAUGGAGUUCACGGAGAUCGUCUGGAAGGCCAUCGUGAAGCUGGCGUACCCGGACAAGAGCGACUACAUGGCCUUCAUGGGACAGUACAGCAGUAUCGUCGGUGUGACGACGGCGUUCAUGCUCCUGGUCGGCAAGGAGGUGAUCAAGUACCUCGGGUGGGAGGUGGGGGCUCUGGCCACCCCCGUGGUGAUGGCCGGCCUGGCGGUGCCCUUCUUCGGGUACAUCAUCUUCGGAGAUAUCCAGCAGUCCAAGAAGGCCCUGAUGAUGGCGGUGUGGGUGGGCAUGGUGCAGAACGUCCUCAGCAAGGCCACGAAGUACGCCCUCUUCGACCCAACUAAGGAGAUGGCCUACAUCCCUCUCGACAAGGAGUCCAAGGUGAAGGGCAAGGCCGCCAUCGACGUGUUGGGGGCGAGGCUGGGCAAGUCGGGCGGAGCCCUCGCACAACAGGGGCUGGUGGUGGCGUGUGGAUCAAUCCUGACGGGAGCACCGGUCCUGGCCACCCUGUUUGCCAUGGUGUCGGCCAUGUGGAUUACUUCGGUGGUGAAUCUGGCGAAGCUGUUCAGGGUGCGCCAGGCCGAGGCAGAGAAGGCGGCGGCCGAGGGACACCGAUGA